AUGAUCCCGGAAAAACAGAUCCCAACUGCGGCCUUCGUGGUUGAAAAGCCUGGAGCUCCGUUCGUCCUUCAAGAUGUUGUUCUCGAUGGAGUCCGAGCGAAUGAAGUCUUGGUUGAAAUGAAGUAUACUGCUCUUUGUCAUACAGACAUCGUCGUCCAACAAGGCGCAAUGCCGGUUGGCGACUAUCCCGCCGUACUAGGUCAUGAGGGCGCCGGAAUUGUCCGCCGCGUCGGCAGUGGUGUUAAAGACAAGUCCCUCCAAGAGGGCGACCUUGUUUUCUUAAGCUUCAGCUCCUGCCAUGAAAAAUCAUGUAGCCCCUGCAGCAAAGGCCGAAACGGAUUCUGCAGUCAGAUAACAUCCAUUAAUUUCGCCGGCGCUCGAGGUCUCAGCGCUGCCGAAUCACCCAUCUCUUUCCCUGAUGGAAAGGGUUCAAUUCGUGGCCAAUUCUUCGGUCAGUCUUCUAUGAGCAAGCUGGCUGUGGUUGACGAGCGGUCAGUCGUCAAGUCACCUCCAGGAUCUGGAAUCACGGUUGAAGACAUGGCGGUUCUUGCUCCUCUUGGCUGUGGAUAUCUUACUGGUGCUGGUACCGUCUUCAAUGUUCUCAAGCCUCAGCCAACAAGUCGGUUUGCUGUCCUUGGCAUGGGUGCUGUUGGGCUGGCGGCCAUGAUGGCGGCCCGAUCUCAGGGAGUCGAAACAGUUAUUGCGAUUGAUAUUGUUGAUGCGAAGCUCGAGCUGGCGAAGUCUCUUGGUGCAUCGCACACAUUGAACACAAAGAGUGUGUCUGACCUUGCACAGGGGCUGUUAGAUAUCUUCCCGGAUGGCGUUGACUGUAUUCUCGACACGACGGGUGUAGUGCCUCUGCUUGAGGCUGCGGUCAAAGCUUUGGGCCAUGAAGGAACCUUGGCUAUUGUGGGUGUGGCUUGUGCUGGUUCAUCUCUCAACAUCGAUCCUUUGGCACUCAUGAUGGCUUGCAAGCGUAUUGUUGGUGUGAUUGAAGGCUGCGCAAACCCCGCUGUGAUUGUUCCACAUCUGAUUGAUCUAUACAAGCAAGGGAAAUUCCCAGUUGACAAGCUUGCUAGGAUCUAUGCCCCGGAUGCCCUUGAGCAAGCCCUAGCAGACUUGCACUCUGGAAAUGUUAUCAAGCCCGUCAUCAAAUGGGCAGAUUUGUGA